GAAGAACAUCAUGCGCACCACAGUGCAAGUGAUUUCUAAAAAACCGCAUUUGUGCACUUCCUCGCAGGAUGCGGAAUCUCCCCGUCGUUGCAGUUUGUGGUAGAGUCCCUCUUCGUAGGAGUUCCACCACUGGAGUUGUAGUUCUUAAAUGCUUGUCGAUGUGGUCAGUUUCAGUAGCGCCUAUUUCAUAAAUGUGCACAUGUUCUUCAGCUUCCAGUUCCAUCCGUGUAUUUCUUACCGUCUCUGAUGUAGCUCAUAAUUCAGAUUGAAGAUUAACGAAAAGUUUUUCACUAUCUUCUCGAGAGGAACCCCAUAGAAUGCACGACGGAGGUAGUACAUUAUGUACGCAUGAAGAAAGACCUGGACCGCGACCAAGAACCUCGCGAAGUAGGUGACAGAACAGGUGAACUACUGCUAGUUCAGCAACAGGGAUCACUACCUCCGCAGCAAUGAAGCUAAAAAGGAUACUGUUGCGGUACCAUCCGCCGGGCAUAGGCUUGGAGUGCGUUGCAGAGGACGGAGUAAGAAGAUGUGAUUGAUGUUGGCGCUUGUCAAGAUGAAGUAGCCACCUCAGCUCCUGCGAUGUGAGAACAAGUGCAACUUCUCAUGCCAAAUGUGUCAUUCUAAUGAAAUCAGGAGCAGGCCGAAGUGGUCCACAAGGAUCUGCCUCCGGCGCACGAAGUCGGGAACCUGCAAGUCAUUCAACAGCUCGUGACCUCAUUGCUCGAGGAAGAAACCCUGUUGCAGAAGAAAAAGCAUGAGAAGAGCCUGAUUCAACUACUCGGCCGCCUGUACCAGAUAGACACGAGCGAAGCAAAUGUAGACGCGAACGCCGGCACCGCCGGGAAUUCAUCCAGUAGCCGGCAGCACUUCCCGGAGGCUGCAAAGGUGAUAUGUGUGGGGUUCAGUGGCAGCAACGCGGUGUAUAAUGGCAGCAUCGGAACAAUAACGAAGGUAUAAAUCAUUUUUGCUUCAGAAGAAUUCGGUGCACCUCUACUUACUGAUGCUUCGGAUGAAGUCCUUUACGAACAAGAAGCAGAUGCAGAUUUUUAACUUGUUGACCAUCUAAUUUGGACGAUGAUGCACGAUAAAUGAAUCGUACUCCAGGUGUUCGAAGACAAGAAGACGAAGUACGAAGUUACCUUCGACCAGUCGGGGACCAUAGUAAAAGUGAAGGAGAACCACCUGCUCCAUGUUCUCAACGACGGGUUUCCCUACGCCCCGGGGUUACUUCCCCUAAACACGCGCGUCGUCAUAUCCUGAGUAAAAACAUCCCCACACCAGAGUCAAGAUGGGGAUUUUGCAACACAAACCUAGGAGUUUUAGGAGUCACGCAUGACAAGUUUCAGUCCGUAAGGUAGUGCAAGUUAGCAAGGAAAGCCGCAUCACAAAUCGACCUUCUGAUCCUGUUUACAGCAUUACAAGUUCCCAAACACGAUUGAAAAUGCCUGUCAUGGGGUUGCGCAUCACAAAUGUUCCUGUCAUGGCAAAUCUGCAUGACAACUCUGGGGUGGGGACGUUUUUACACAGGAUACGUCAUCGCCGGCCUCCGAAAUCACGGCUCAUUAAAUGGCACCGUGGGACGGGUGGUCGACUUCACCGACGCAAAUCCAAACAUGGGCGAAUCCAAAUCCGCAGCGCGGUACGAGGUGCGGGCCGUGGACACCGGCCAACUAUUCCGAGUGAAACCGGAUAAUAUUUUAUCACAUGUGUAAAAACGUGGCCACUGCAAAGUCAAGAGGGGAAAUCGGCUAGACAAAUCAACAUAGUUUUGGUUGUUGCGCAUGAUAAACAGCACUAGAAUGAAACGCUUUUCCCCGUUGCGGGGCUGCGCAUGAGAAACAUUUUAAGCAUGCAGUUUUACUUGACAAGUCUGCGGCGGGCACGUUUUUGCACGGAAUACAUUUUAGCCGCGCUAGGACCAGGAGAGGACAUACCGGAAGAACUAGCUCUACGGCUGGAGGUAAGGAAUUUGUGAUGCAUUAUUGGAAUUUGUGACGCAUGUGUACUUCGAUCGAACGGAACUUGCGAGAACUCAAUAAAUCACUAAAACAGGAAGCCGGGCCCGCUAGCACGGUGCAGUACAAGGUCGAGAAGCCAGAUUUGACAAUACCAGUUGGCGCAGUAGUAGAGCUGAUAAAUCUCAGAAACGCGGGAUGGCUAAAUGGGCAGCUGGCAGAGGUAAGGACUUGGUGAAAUGGAUUUGUGAUGUCAGUAAUUUGACACAAGAAGAGACAGCAUUUCCCAUGCGUAUCUAUAAGACGUACCACAACUGAAGCAAAAAUCCCAUUAUUUCUUCAGGUGCUGUCCGUAGACCACGAGCGGCGGCGGUAUGAGAUCCGGCUUUCCACUGAUGAUACUAUCAAGAAAGUGAAGGCCGAAAACGUGCAGCUCGCGUACAGUCCGGGUAUGCACGGACAACCGGGCGGGCAGGAUCCUAGUUCCCUGGACAACCAGAUCAACCAGCCCAUCGCGAAAGGGACGCGGAUCGAACUGUGCAAUUUGAAAACCGCCGCCGCGCUGAACGGGGAGCGCGCCGUAAUUCUGUCCCGCGACGGCGAUCGCUACGAAAUCCGUUUGGAGCUCGACGGAAGUGCGAAGCAGGUGCGCAGGGAUAACUUUAAGGUGAUUGCCCAGCCGAUGGUCUAGGCGACGCUGAAGUAGUUCUUGCGUAGUUCUUGACGCGGUUCCUUUACUCAGCAAAGAGCUCCUCCUGGUCCGAAAGAACAACUCUUGGUCGGAAACCGGCGAAAAUUUUCCAACAGUAAGAAACACCAGACUGUAAUACUUACACCCGAUAAUACAAGUUUAUAAUACAUUGCAAUGGACCACGGCACAGACGUGGGGAGAACGAGUGAACUCUGUCGGUCGUCCGUUCAUUUGGGUCUCUCUCGUCUUGCGACAGACAGAAUUUAUGAUUUGAAUACAUUACGCAAAAAUAACUACGGAAACGCAUAGAAGGCAUCCUGUAUCUAAUUUUUAGACGAUGCAUAUACUUGCUGCGCUUCGACUUUCAUAAGGAGAUUACUAUAGCGUAGAGCGCUACACCAGUAGAUGAACUAGAACUUCCUAUUUAAAUGUACCAAAAUCUCCUAUAGCACUCCCCUAACUACAUCGCGGAAGUUUAUUGCUAUCCCGGAAGACAGAAACUGAAAAAGAACAAUCAUGUGCUCUAGCUGUGCUUUGCCCGCCCGGUAAAGAAAAACAUAAAUGAAUCCAGAUAAUGAGUCUAGAAGAUGAACAAGGACGCGGUCGUAUAUUGCGAAUGCAAAGGACCUUAUGAAGCAAAGCAAUGAAUCACCCGGAACUACCACUG